ACAUGUUGGAUUGGUGCUGCCACAUUUAUUAAAAGAAAACAACACUUAGUAAAAUGUCGCAGCCAAAUAUAUUAAUAACCGGUACUCCAGGAGUCGGAAAAUCAUACCUAUGCGAAAAGCUAUCCAAAAAACAUGAUUUCAAUUGGAUCGACUGUUCAAAAAUCGCCAAGGACAUGGAUUUCGUUGAAGAGUACGACGCAGAAUACAACUGCCCGAUUUUAGAUGAAGACAAGCUGAUGGAUUACCUAGAACCAGUGAUGGCCAAGGGUGGCAAUAUAGUGGAGUAUCAUGGAUGUGAUUUUUUCCCCGAACGUUGGUUUCACGGCGUCUUCGUUGUAACCUGUUCCAAUACAAUUCUUUAUGAUCGUUUGAAGGCCCGCAAUUAUGACGAGAAGAAACUAAAAUCGAAUAUUGAAUGUGAAAUAUUUGGCACUGUAUUAGGAGAAGCCCGUGAUUCAUAUAAAGCAGAUAUCAUAUUCCAGUUAAAUGGAGAAACGAGGGCAGACGCCGAAAAGAGUUUAGACAUGAUAGAGAAUUGGUAUAGCAUUUGGAAAUUAAGAAAGUAAGAGAACAACAUUCCAAAAAAUGCUUGCCAGUUACUUGUAACUUAUGAAUAAAAUCAAUGUAUGUACUUAAAAAGUA